CUGGAAUAGCCAAUGGCAUCUUGCGAGGGGCAGUCCUCAACCUGUCACAGAUACGUAUACAGGGAAGUAGGAAGUAAAUACAUUCGAUUUGCGGUGCCAGAAGUGACAAUUGGCACCAUGCUUCCAGGCUACAGUCCUGUGACCCAGGCCCUGCUGGGAACUCUGUUCACCUGGGGCCUGACUGCUGCUGGGGCUGCCCUGGUCUUCAUCUUCUCCAGCCGACAGAAGCGGAUAUUGGAUGGAAGUCUGGGCUUUGCUGCUGGGGUGAUGUUGGCGGCGUCCUAUUGGUCGUUGCUGGCUCCGGCCAUAGACAUGGCGGAGGAUUCGGGGAAGUACGGCUCGUUUGCUUUUGUCCCCGUGGCGGUGGGCUUCGCCCUGGGAGCGGCCUUCGUGUACCUGGCUGACCUCAUGAUGCCUGCUCUGGGUGUAGGAGUGGACCCCCACACAGCCCUGGCCCUGUCCCCAGACUCCAAACUGGCCAAGGAGGAGGACCUCUUGUUCCCAGCCUCAGAUGAGAUGACCAUCAGGAUAGGUAGAGCAGGACCGCUCUCAGACAAGCUUGAGAACGGAGGAGACGUGUACCAGAGGAGGAAAGGCCCCCACGUCGACGCUGGUUCCUCAGAUUCCGAGGGACAGGAAGUGGGCAGCCGGCAACAGGAAGGGGCAGGGCAAACUGGAAGCAGAUGGAGGCGCAUCAUCCUGCUGAUCGUGGCGAUCACCAUCCACAACAUCCCAGAGGGCCUGGCUGUGGGUGUAGGGUUUGGAGCCAUAGGAAAGACCUCAUCUGCCACAUUUGAGAGUGCCAGGAACUUGGCCAUUGGCAUAGGGAUCCAGAAUUUCCCAGAGGGCCUUGCGGUGAGCCUCCCUCUGCGAGGUGCAGGGAUGUCCACAUGGAAAGCCUUCUGGUACGGACAGCUCAGUGGAAUGGUAGAACCAAUCGCCGGGUUGCUAGGAGCUGUUGCCGUGGUGCUGGCUGAACCACUGUUGCCGUACGCCCUGGCUUUCGCUGCAGGGGCUAUGGUGUAUGUGGUGGUUGAUGACAUCAUCCCAGAGGCUCAACUCAGUGGGAACGGUAAGUUGGCUUCCUGGACCUCCAUCCUGGGCUUUGUAGUGAUGAUGUCACUUGACGUUGGGCUGGGCUGAGGCCUCACCUCCACGUAGAACACCUCGCUGAUGUCACAGAAUGAUGUCACGGCUAAUCGCCAGACCUUGGGGGAAAAAGGGACCAAAUCUGCCUUCUCUCUAAUUGCUUGCUUUUGUUGUAUUUAUUUUUAUUUUGACAUUUUGUGAAUUUGGUUGUUGUUUUUUGGGAUACUGGAUCCUUAUUAUAAGAUGUGAUGAUACUUGAAAAGUGGUAUUUGUAUGACUAGUUUAGACUGGUACUGAGACAGCCAUGUAUGAAAAAUUGAUAGUUGAUUUUGAAUAGAUUUUUAUGGAGUGUGUGUGUGUAAUUGGGUUUACACCUCUAAGGGCUAAGUCCAUUUUGGCUCCAGCUGUGUCAGCCCACUCCACAGUUGGACCUCAAGACUGUGUUUUGAAGGCUAGUUAUGGUCACUGAAGGAAACACAGGGAUCUGUGUCUACAGAUAUGUCACAAAUAACCAGCUGAAUGUGUCGGCUUGCCUGAUCCUUGAGAAGGAUCUUUGCUCGGAUUAUGAUGUAAUGUAUUUACAAAUGGUGCACACCCUGAUUCAUUCAGGAUGGAAUGUUUUUUUUCUUCCUCAAUUAUCAAACAUUUAAAUGACCAAGUGGUUCCGUCUGUUUUUUCCCUUGCUUUAUUUAGCUUUUUCUCACAUACAUUCUCUAUCAACCUCAGGCUGGUCAUUGUGUGUUUGGAUGAAGGGAAUGUGGUGUGGAUGAAGAGAAUGUGAAUAGCAACAUUUUACAGCUAGCUUCUCCUUUCUUAUCUUUUUCUCAACUACGGCAUACACAUUCCAUUUGUAUUGCGUUGUUAUUACAUUAUUAUAAUAUGACAUUCAGUUAUCAUUACAGUUGAAAUGACAUAUAAUUACUAACAUGACAUGUUUGUGAAAGAGAUAUUGCAGCUAGCCAAAUGCAAUGCUAGCUACACAACCCAGAUGCAACCUCUUUUUUUGCUUGUUCAUUUGUACGUUCAUGAACUGUACUGUACUGCUGGAGUUUGGUGGGGGCUUCUAAACCCUCUGGCCUUAUUGUACUGUAGACCUUCUGGCCUUACAGCUAUGUAUGGGACAACGUCUCAGAGUAGGUGUGCUGAUCUAGGAUCAGCCCCCCCACCGUUCAUGUAAUCUUAUUAAUUGUGAUUUAAAAAAGUAAAAAUGAUCCUAGAUCAGCACUCUUACUUGGACACGCUUGAUUGAAAUGAAGCCUGAGGAGUAUACUACAAAGCAGGAUCAAUGAGUUAGCCAGUAAACUUGCAUAAAAAAUUGUUUUUUUAAAUGUUUGAUUAGCCUGAAACGGCAUGGUCUGAUUUAACUCAACCAAAAACACAUAUCUUAGCUUAGAUUACUUAAUGAAACAGAAAAUCAAAAUCAAUUAUUAGUUAUUUUGGGUUGUUUAUCCAAGUUUGCUGGCUAACGCAUUGAUCCUGCGUCGCGGUAUACCCCUCAGGUCUCCCUGCCUGAUUCUAUUCUUGGAGGGGCCUGGAUAGAACCAUUUCCAAGGAAAAGUGUCAUGGAGAGAGAUGUGGUGAUGAUGUAAUAAACCAAAACUGAUUCCA